AUACGUGCCGUCGCUCUUCAUUUCGCAUUGAUGGCGUCGCAGGUUUUAUUUUCGUUCGGGAAGGAGUGUCCUUGGUAAGGACAGUAUUUCGACCAUCCUCGGCGUCUUGUCUCGUCUCAUGAGAGCAUCAGGAGGAGGAUGAGAAGCAGGAGUAACUCCGGGGUCCGUCUGGACUACUACCAGCACCUCGUGCACAAAACUAUCCUCAUUCACCAGAAUCCUGCGACUGGUUUGCUGCCAUCCAGUUACAACCAGAACCAUGCGUGGGUGCGGGACAACCUGUACUGCAUCAUGGCGGUGUGGGGGCUGUCGCUGGCGUACAGGAAGACUGCAGACAUGGACGAGGAUCGAGCCAAGGCUUACGAGCUAGAGCAGAGCGUGGUCAAACUGAUGAGGGGACUGCUGCAGUGCAUGAUGAGACAGGUGGACAAACUGGAGAAGUUCAAGUACACGCAGGCCACCACGGACGCCCUGCACGCCAAGUACAACAUCACCACCUGUGGAACUGUGGUGGGAGACAAGGAGUGGGGACAUCUGCAGAUAGAUGCCACCUCCCUCUACAUCCUCAUGCUGGCCCAGAUGACAGCGUCUGGUUUGCAGAUAAUUUUUACCCUGGAUGAAGUGGCCUUCAUUCAAAACUUGGUCUUCUAUGUAGAGUCUGCUUAUAGAACUCCUGACUAUGGCAUGUGGGAGAGAGGAGACAAGACCAACCAUGGCUGGCCAGAGCUGAAUGCUAGCUCUAUUGGGAUGGCAAAGGCUUCUCUGGAGGCUAUAAAAGAGAUGGACCUUUUUGGGUCCAGAGGAGGCCCCGCCUCCAUCAUACAUGUCAUGGCUGAUGAGAUCUCACAGUGUAAGGCUAUUCUGGAAUCCAUGCUGCCAAGGGAAUCAAAGUCAAAGGAAAUCGAUGCCAGUCUUCUCAGUAUCCUGUCGUAUCCAGCCUUUGCUGUGGAGGACGUGGAUCUCAGCAACCUCACAAAGAAUGAGAUCAUCAGUAAACUAGAGGGUCGUUAUGGACUGUCUAGAUUCUUACGAGAUGGUUAUAAGACUCCAAUGGAGGAUUCGGGUAGGCUACACUAUGAACCCUGGGAGCUGUCUGUGUUUGAGGGGAUCGAGUGUGAGUGGCCGCUGUUCUGGACGUACCUGAUCCUGGAUGGACUGUUCAAGGGAGACAAAGCACAGGUGUUAGAGUACAAGGAGAAGCUGGCAGAGGUGAUGGUGAAGGGUGAAGAUGGCCUGCCCCUCAUCCCUGAACUGUACAUUGUGGCGCCAGACAAGGUUGAUGCUGAGCGUCAGAACCCGGGCAGUCAGGAGAGGUCACCCGGGGGCAAGAUGCCGCACAUGUGGAGCCAGUCACUCUACAUCCUGGGCUGUCUCAUUCAGGAGGGAUAUCUUGCACCUGGAGAAAUUGAUCCCCUGAACAGACGACUGAUUGGACAGCCCAGACCAGACCUGGUUGUCCAAGUGUCCAUACUGGCAGAAGACCUGUACAUCCAGGACCUCCUGAAGGAGCAUGGGAUAGAUGUGCAGACCACUCAGGAGGUGGCCAACAUCAGAUGCCAGCCUGCCCGCGUCCUCUCACACAUCUACCACCAUUUAGGUCAGAAUGCGAAGCUGGGUUUAUCUGGGCGGCCAUCUUACGACAUCGGGCUGCUGGGCACUAGUCAGCUGUACACACUGAAGGGGCAGACUUUCGCCUUCACUCCACAGUUUAUAGACCAGCAGCAGUUCUACCUGGCUCUGGAUAACGAGCUGCUGGUGGACAUGCUGAAGACAGACCUGGCCUACCUGCGCUACAACUGGAGAAACCUGGGCAGACCCACCGUCACCUUUCCUGUCAGUCACAACAUGCUAGUUGGUGGAGAACUGUCCCCUGCGCUUCUUGCCACCCUCCAAAAGCUGAUCAGUGGCUACACCACAGGGGUUGGGAUCCACGUUGGGAAGUUGGAAGAGUUCAUGUCCACUUCCUGUUUCACCAGUCUGGACUUCCUGUACCUGAGUGAGGAGAGUCCUGUGUCAGAUGAAGAUGAAGUUACCCAGUACCUGGCCACCCUCCUGUCUCCAACCUUCACCAAGCGUAACCUGCUCUCCACGCCGCGUCUCGGCGCCAAGAGAUCGACGUCCCUCAGCAGAAAGGCCUCUUUCCGUGUCCUGGGUUCCGUCAGACGGUCGCGCUCUGUGUUCGUGGAUGAACACAACCUUCCAGGACAAAUAUUACUUCAUAGAAAACUCAGUGAUUUGGCCGAAUGCCAGUCUGAUGAGGGAGGUACAGCCGACCAUGGCCAGGGUCACGCCGUUUUGCCAGGUCCUUGUGUAGUGACUGCACAUGUUAAAGAGCUUCAUGCAUGUCCAUGCUCUUUAAUGCAAAAUGCAAUAAUGCCAUUUAUGUCCAUACAUGUAAUGCUCUUGUCCCUCAUUGGCAAUUUUUUUUCUUUUUCCUUUUCACAUGUUGACACAGAUGAUGAUAUCGCUCUCCCAUGCGAAUUAUAUUUUUCUCUAGGGAGUUCUCAAGCUACUUCUUACGAGGCAGAACAAGAUGAUGUAAGGAAAUCACAAGACAAGACAUUCAUAGAAGAGCUGCUGAACGACCAGCUAGAAGUACAGGUAGAAGUGAAGGAGAUUCGGCGGUCAGAUGGGCCACAAGAAAAGCGGGUCAAAACAUAUGAAAAGGAGAAAGCGAGAAACAUCAAAGGCAAUGCCAAAAUCUUCUGGAAAUAUGUAAACUCAAAAUCCAAAGUGCGCCAAGGCAUUCCAGACUUGGAAGAUGGAUCCUCAGUGGCACAAUCUGAUACAGAAAAAGCUGAGUUACUCAACAAGUUUUUUGUAAGCACCUUUACUAAGGAAGACCUACAACACAUCCCAAUACCAACUGAAAGACACUACAAUGAAGAGAUAACUGACAUUGACAUUUGUUUCGAGGAGGUCCAACAAAGAUUGAAAAACCUCAACCCAAACAAGGCAAUGGGGCCCGACAACGUACACCCUAGAGUGUUAAAGGAAUUGGCGGACACCCUGGCGGUUCCACUGCAGAUUCUCUAUGUCAAGACUGUACAAGAAGGCAAACUCCCCGAUGCCUGGAAAACCGCUAAUGUCACGCCAAUCUACAAAAAAGGUUGUAAGAAAUCACCCGGUAACUACCGCCCGGUUAGCCUGACCUCAGUAGUAGGAAAAAUUCUGGAAGGGUUGAUUAGAGAUGCCAUUGUCAAGCAUAUGAAGGUAAACAAUCUCUUUACACCACACCAACAUGGCUUCUUGCCAGGAAGAUCUACUACCACUCAGAUGUUGGAGUGCUUAGACGAGUGGACAGAGUGGCUUGACCGAGGAACACCCGUUGACGCGGUCUAUCUCGACUUCCGCAAGGCUUUUGAUUCAGUACCAAUUAAGAGACUAUUAGCCAAAAUACAAAGCUACGGGAUCACGGGAAACCUUUUAAAUUGGAUUGAAUCUUUUUUGUCAGGACGGAGACAGAGAGUCUGUGUCAAUGGGGAAAAAUCAGAAUGGGCCGAAGUAACAAGCGGAGUUCCCCAGGGGAGCGUCCUGGGUCCGGUGCUCUUCACUAUAUUUGUCAACGACAUGCCGGAAAUUGUGCAGAGUAAGCUGAAGCUCUUUGCAGACGACACUAAGUUAUAUAGAUCAGUAGUACAAAGGGAAGAAUGCAACAAAUUGCAGAGGGACCUUCAAGUACUUCAGGACUGGGCAAUAAAAUGGCAGUUGAGCUUUCAUCCCAUGAAAUGUACAGUAAUAAGACUGGGAAAAGGACACCCUGACUACACAUACUCAAUGUUGGAUAAUGAGACUCGUACCCUACUGGAAUUUACACAACAGGAAAAGGACUUGGGUAUCACUGUGGACAAGGAGCUGAGUUUCAGCAAACAUAUAUCCAACAUUUGUAAUAAGGCAAAUCAGAUCGCAGGUCUCAUAUGGAGGACUUUUGCCUAUGUAGAUAAGGAGGUGUUCUUACUCCUAUAUAAGUCGCUCAUUCGUCCCCAGCUGGAGUAUGGGGCUCCUGCAUGGUCCCCCUACACAUGGAAGCUGGCCCUGGAUCUAGAAAGGGUACAGAAGAGAGCAACGAAGAGAGUUCCCGGCCUUAGAAGUCUACCCUAUGAAGAGAGACUGAAGGCUCUAAACUUACCUACACUGGUCUAUAGGAGACUUAGGGGGGACCUGAUAAACACCUACAAGUUCCUACAUGGGAUAUACGACACUUCAUGUCCGUUUGAGUUAAAUACGAGCACAAGAACAAGGGGUCACUGCCUCCGGAUUAAGAGACAAGCGUCGAAAAGUAACAGAAGAUCACACUUCUUCUGCAUCAGAGUUGUCUCAUGGUGGAACAAUCUACCAGAGCCGGUGGUGACAUCCCCAAGUGUAAACUGCUUUAAGGAAAGACUAGGCAACCACAUGAAGAAACACAGCGUGUAUUACAUCUUUAGAGCUCUGGACGAUCCGCAAUUACCUGGGAUUCCCAGGGGUCCAGACUGGGACACCAAGAUCAACAUGAGAGAGGGUGUGACUGUGGUGAUGCUGGUGGGAGAGCUGUACGAGAAGGCGGGGCAGCUCAAGCAGUGGUCCAUCGUGCGCCACAUGGCAGGCAUGCUGAAGAAAAGGGUGGAAGACUUGGCACAGGCUGCCACAGACCUGUUAGUGCGACAGAAGCAGUUGUCAGUGGGCCUGCCCCCCCAGCCCAGGGAGAGGACCAUCACGCACCCCCUCCCCCCUGAGGAACUGGCCAAGAUGAUCUACGACUCCUGUGGAGAAGACAGCAGCACAGCUGUGCUUACACAGGAGAUCCUUGUGUACCUGGCCAUGUUCAUCCGUACGGAGCCCAACCUGUUCCGGGAGAUGCUGCGUCUGCGGGUGGGGCUCAUCAUCCAGGUCAUGGUGUCAGAGCUGGCCAGAACACUCAACUGUACAGGUGAGGAGGCAUCAGAACACCUGAUGAGUCUGAGUCCGUUUGACCUGAAGACUCUUCUUCACCACAUCCUGAGUGGGAAGGAGUUUGGUGUCGGGGAAGAAAAUGAAGCAGCAGACUGGGCCAUGCGAAUCAGGAAGCUGACAAUUUCACAAUACCUCAUGACACACGCUGCAGUUGAGAGAGGAGGAGGGAAGUCCCUGUCCAUCAGGAAGAUGGAGAAGGAAGAAGUCACUGGAAUGUCACGCCUCCGCAAACAAGUCACGAUGUCUAAAGACAUGAUCAUUGAGCACAACGAUAAGUUGCGGAAAGGCCACGAGGAGGACUUGGAACAGUCCAUGCAGGUAGAUCGGCAGGGCCAGUGGCUACGGAGACGCCGACUGGACGGUGCGCUGAACCGGGUUCCCGUGGACUUCUACACCAGGAUCUGGAACGUACUGAAAUGGUGCCAAGGGUUGUCAAUCGAAGGUCAAGUUCUGGCAUCUUCUGUCAUCAACGAGAUGACCCCAGGGGAGCUGAACUUUGCCCUGCGGGUGGAGGGGAUCCUGAACAGCAUCCCCCAGCCAGAGUACCGGCAGCUUAUGGUGAAGGCUAUGAUGAUGACCCCUGGGGAGCUGAACUUUGCCCUGCGGGUGGAGGGUAUCCUGAACAGCAUCCCCCAGCCGGAGUACCGGCAGUUGAUGGUGGAAGCCAUGAUGGUGCUGGCCCUGGUGGUGGACACGGACUACAAGCGGAGCCUGCGAGGCAUCAUCAUGGUGGACAAGCUUGUGUCGGACGCCAACGCCAUGUUCAUCGGUGAACUGAAAUCUAUUUUCAAAGAUGAAGUGAACUCCAACACUGUAGAGUUCAGAAUGGGGGCUGCCAACAUCUGCACGGAUUUCUACGACAGCGCUCCCAGCGGUCGCUUUGGUACGAUGGUGUACAUGUCGAAAGCAGUCGCACAAACGCUUGACUGCCAACCUGAUUCGGUAGCAGAUUGCACCAUAGCGUAGUGUCUACACGUCUUAGGUAUCGAAUGACAACCUGUUGCUUAUGUAAAAAUUUGAAGUCUAGUAUAAUUCUUCAGUAACUGUGAAAGUUGUGUUCUUUCACCAUGAAACAAAACUUGUAUAUUGCAUAGGAAUAGCAACAGCUUGUUGGCAGGUUAAGUUAGAUAGAAUGUUUAAUUUUUGAGAAAAUUGAGCGGGGAUGAUAGAAAUCAAAGAUUUUAAGCGUUGAGAGAAAGUGGUCUUCAAAUUUAGACAAAGAGAAAGGAAUUUAGUUUAUAUGCUGAACCCAAAUAUUGGGAAAUGUAAUGAUCGCCAUUUCUUCAACAGUUGUUGGAGUGGCAGAAAAUGUCAACGGUGUGUCUGUUUCAUGCUAUUCUGUGUUGCAAAUGUUCUAUCUUUGGAGAGUUGAAGUCUAUUAACACAUUGUAAAUAGAAAAGCUGUGUUUAGGGAUAUCUUAUAUAUAGCAUGCUCUAUGUAGAAUAUGCUAGUUUGCACGCACUGAUAAUUCAGAUUAUCACAAUCUACUGUAAAAAAAUGUGAAGGUAUGUUCAAUUUCAUCAGUACCUGUAAAAGUAAGUGUUCCUUCUCCAUGCACCAAAAUGCAAGAUGUGUACAAGAAA